GGCGGACAUUUUGAAAAGCGGAAGACCGUACAAAAUAAGUUAUUGAAGCAAAAACAGCGAAGGAAACGAUUGAGCAAUGAACAGACGGGAAUUUGAAGAGGAACUGCAGGCUUACAAAGGAAAUGAUCCAUUUGAAGUGUGGCAUAGGUAUAUACUACACAUAGAGAAAUUCUGUCCGGAAGGUACGAAGGAGAGCAACCUUGUUGAGCUCUUGGAUCGCUGUUUUAGGACAUUCAACAACAUACCACAUUACAAAAAUGAUCAGCGCUAUGUCUCAGCAUGGAUUAAAUAUGCCGACUUCUGCAAGGAACCGCUGGAAAUUUACAGCUACAUGAAAAAACAAGGUAUUGGUAUGACCUUGGCCUUAUUCUAUGAGGCAUGGGCCAAUGCUACUUGGCAAUUAGGAAGCAUGCAAAAUGCAGACAUGAUCCUACAGGAAGGUAUUCGCUGUCAGGCACAGCCACUGGACCAGCUGCAGAGGAAAAGAGAUGAGUUUCAAAGGAGACGGAUAACGGAAAACCAAGCACCUGGCUCUGGGGCUGGAUACUCUAAAGUGUCAUCUAGAGAUGGACAUAUUCAGGUGUUUAAUGACGAAAAUGUAAAUCCCAACAAGCCUGCUCAAGCUAAACAUCAAGUUCAGAAGUGUAAUGAUGAAAAUGUGAAUCCCAACCUUGCUCCAAAAGUUCAAAUAUACAAUGACGAGAAUUUGAAGCCCAGUGUGCCUCCACAAGUUCAAAGUCAGGUCCAAGUGCAUAAUGACGAAAAUCUGAAUCCCAGCGUUCCCUCACAGCGAAUCAUGUACUGCAAGGAGAAACUACUAAUGGGCAUAGAGGAACUGUCUUUUGAAGAGCUUCGUGCCAAACAUUGGUGGGCUAAACGUAAAAGGGAGCAGGAAAUCAAGGCUUUUAUUGACGAGGAGAAACGUGGCCUGGAGGAGGAGAAGAGGCGAUUUACAGAGGAGAUGGAGCGAAAUCGGGCAAUGUUGGCACAGGAGGCUGAAAAAAUUAGACACGAGCGUGACCGUUUGCGACAGGAACAGGAAGAGAUGCGUCUACAAUGUCAGCAGCAACAGGCACGGGCCAACAUGGAGAGAGUGACUCUACAACAACAACAACAGCAGCAGCAGCAGCAGCAGCAUCAACAACAGCAUCAGCAACAACUACAGCAGCAGCAACAGCAGCGACAACAAGAAGUUAUGGAGAUGGAAAUACAACAGAGACUGGCCACUCAGCUGAGCAUCAGUGACGCCUCAAACCAACAUUUAUCUGGGUUUAGGACCAGAGAGAGUGGAGCCAUGAAACAUCUCAACUUUGGAAGUGAUAAUUCAUUGAGAUCAAACAUGCUCUCACGGGGAUCAGCGUCAGGAGAUCAGACUGAGGACUUUGGUUUGCGUCCAAUCACAUCACAGAUGUCUGAAUCUGUUGACAAGAGGGAUGUGUCCGUGAAUCCAAAUCUCAGAUGUACACCAGUAGACCAGAGUCUCAGCACACCCAAUGACAGCCAGACCUCUCUCAGACAGUUCUCAAGUGGUAGACAGAGUUUGACUGCGCCUUCCCCUACUGUAAAUACGAAGGAAGCCCUGCAGUUAGUACAGGGAUUUUUCAGUGCAUCUCUGGACCUGGAGAAGGACUUAGGCUGGGGAGGGGACAUGGAGGUCCCGCAGAAGAACGAUGGAAUCGGUGCUCAAGAACGCAUAGUACAACCUACAGAGCCACCGAAGCCAAGUGGUGGUUUACUGUUUUCUAUCUAUGAUGAGACCCAGGAGUCUGAAAACAAGCCCACGCCUGUCAACAAUAAUAUGGAUCGGGUGGAAAAGGAAAAUGGCGGACAGUCCCAGAUACCACGACAAAAUCUCAUGUUCAGUGUCAAACCACUAACACAGAAGUCAAAACCACCGUCUCUUUCCAAGAAAAUGGAGUUCUCAGUGUUACAGGACGGCGAUAACCAGAUGGAAGGGAUAGAGUCACAGGCCAUGGACGACUGUACCAUUGGUCCUGUCGGUUCUCACCUCAGCUUCGCCGCUGCAGCCCACAUUGCUUCAACGCCGUUUAAUGCCAACAACUCUCACGGACCACAGUCGACCUUCACUCUUGACCUUGAACAGGAGGUCAGCAAAAAAAGCAAGACAGAAGAGAAGGGUGCUCAGGAGUCUGCAGGCAAUUUGUAUGAGGAUGCUGCCAUGCAACCCAUCAACCUAAGCCCAAUUAUGGAAGGGAGUAAUGAGGAGUCGUCAGGUCACCAGACUGGGAUGACGUCACUGGGAGGGGACAGUGUGUUUCAUAGUUCCGGCGGCCGUCAUCCCUCUGCCGACCAGAAACCUAACUGCCAUUAUCCAACUGACCUUGACAACCACAACGAAUCGGCUCAUCUGAUAGACACAUCUGGUUACAUACCACUUGACCUUGAUGAAAAGACGGAAGCACUCUUGUCCAUGUCUAUACGUAUCGACCCACACAAUCCAUUCGACAGUGACACCAUUGCAGAGUUUCUUACAAACUUACCCCAGCCACUUAGUACAUACCCUAACUACGUCGACUGUUGCGACGAGAUCAUGCAGGCAGUUACUGCAGAGACUAUUGUUAGUUUUGGUGGCGACCCCUACACAGUGGAGUCUCUGGUUGGUAAGGGAGGCUAUGCUAGUGUUUACAAAGCCUCGUCCAUCAAUCUAGCCUGUGAGGGUCUAACUGAUGUCUGUCAGGAUGAAUUGUUUGCUAUGAAGAUACAGAAGCCAGGCAACCCUUGGGAGUUCUAUAUAUGUUCUGAGAUACAUGACAGGCUGAGGAAGUUUCAGGCUCCUGUUGAUGUGUCACAAGCUAUCAUGUCGGUCCAGAAAGGCUAUUUCUUCCAGAACUCCAGUUGUUUGAUAACAAAGUACUUUGAGCUUGGCACGCUCCUGGAUCUUGUAAACCUGGUGAAGAAGGAGAAGCAGCAGGUCCCAGAGUCUGUGGCUAUGUACUGCGCCAUUGAGUUGAUACGUGUUGUUGAGAGUCUACAGAGAUGUGAGAUCAUACAUGGCGACAUCAAGCCGGACAACUUCCUGGUUCAGGGCCUAGAAAGCCUACCAGUCAGCUCUGACCCAAACGUGGUGUUUGGAACUCCCCAUCGCCCCUUCCAGCUCAUCGACUUUGGACAGAGUAUUGACAUGACCAAGUACCCUCCUGGCACCACCUUCAUGGCUCAGGUGAAAACUUCAGGCUUCCAGUGUAUAGAGAUGAAGACCAAUAUGCCUUGGACAUUUCAGACGGACAUAUUUGGUCUCGUGGGCACUAUCCACGUACUGGUGUUUGGUCAGUACAUGAAGGUGUAUAAGUCGAAUGAGGAAUGGAGGAUGAACAGCUCCUUCAACAGGAGCUGGAAUAACUUGUGGAAAAACUUUUUCCACACAAUGCUCAACAUCCCCAGCUGUCAUGAGUUGCCUGAUCUUGGACAGAUUCGACGCCAGUUCGAGUUAUAUUUUGUCGAGAAUCUGUUGGAGAAUUUCAACAGCCAUCAAAUUAAGCUCCGGUUCCUUAUGACGAAGCAACUUUUCUAAGCAUGGUUUUCUAUUUCAUCGGAAAGAAAAGCUGGGAUGCACUUGGUUGGUUUGAAGAAAUAUUGACAGAUCUGUCAAGAAGUCUUACAGAAGUGUACAUACUAGAUCUGGAGUAGAAUUCAAGAUCUUGGAAUUAAAUGCAAACGAUUGAUGUCAAUAACUAACUAAGAUGAAUAAAAACAUCCUAGGAAUCCCUCACAAUGGGUAUUUUUUCAUCUAAAUGAGAGUCAGGCACACAACUACCGAAAGUGGUUUGGUCUCACUGUCGACCUUAGUUAGAUGUGAACUAAAAAUGUUUGUCGCAGUUAAAUAUUCCCUAAGGCAAAUUCAUCAUUAUGGCUAAUGAUGAAAAUUAGUAGAUCCAAUGCCAUUAUUUCUUCUAAUGGUGGAUGCUUGGGUCCUUGGCCCUUACCUUGAUAAGCUGGGGGGUAUGCAGGAUGAUAGGAAAUAGCUUUUCUCCCCCAACCAUUAGAGGUUUUCUCACUCCCGACUUAUUGAAUAAACCUGAUGAGAGAUAGUAAUUAUAUUUUUACCCACAUGUGGGUAACACCCUGGAUAUAGUUCAUUGGUCAAUAUUCUAAUUAUAACGUCAAGUAACCAUGCUUUGCAACAUCAUCUUCCAUUGUGACGUUAUGACUCAUGGCUAUUGUUUCACAAUUCUAGAAAUGAAUAAUGCAUUCAGAAGAGACCAUAUGAUUUUCUAGAUAUAAUGUUAACAAUAUGGGAGAAAAAAAGACCCAAACUUGUGAUGAUUGGUAAGCAUGUUUAUCUAACUCUCAUUGGAUAAUUUUCAAAUUGUAAGACACACGGUAAACCUUGUGUCUCCAUACAAUUUGAAAAUUAACUAACUCGAGGAAGAUAAACAUGGUAACCAACCAUCACUAACAUUAGUUACAGUCAUAUCAGAAUCAAUCACAACUGGCAAAGGAGCCAGAUUUGUACAUUUGUUUCUGGUUUUGACUGGUGUUGCCUUUGUAAGAACACGGAGGAUUAUAUCGAAUUUUACCAUUAAGUUCUGUACUUAGAAUGAAGGUACACUUCUCAUUGUUCAAUAAUGACGUCCCUAUAAUGGGAGUCAAUUAAACUGAUAUAAUUCUAAUACAUAUAAAUGAUUUGUAGAUGUUAUGAGAAUAUUUAUAUGUUACUAUGUGUUACUGUAUAUGUAUGAAAAUGAUAUAGAGGUUGUUAUUGUGCUGAAAUUGUCCGGGCAGCUAGUGCCUAUAAUCAUUAUGUGGUUUGUCAGCACGAAUGUGAGGAUGUGUACUACAGGUGUGUACUACAGGUGUGUAAUGUACUGUAAACAUAUCGACUAGUGCUUGAACUGUUUUUAGUUUGUUCAAGUUUUUUUAUUAUUAAAUGUAUUUCCACAUAGAAAUAACUCUAAUUUUCUAGUAUUGCCGCUGAUUUAACAUAUUAAUUACAAGAGAAAAUUGUCAUAGAUUUACAUAUUGUACAUGUGUGUAACUGGUUUGAGCAUUCGGUUUUAAAGAAAAUCUGGGAGAAAAAGGAUCAUUCCCUAUCUUGAAGGUAGAGAGAGAAAUUCACUACCCUUGUCAAAUGUUUCUAUUUCCUACCCUUGUGGAAGGGAAAAAUCCUAUUGUUUCCCCCCCAGUCACCGAAAUGUCUCCAGUUCUACUUGUUCAAGAUUCUUCUGGCAUCCACUAGGGUAUGAUUUCUCUGUCACCUCCUAUGAUAUGACAAAUAUGACAAGUAAAAAACAAUAUCAUGACGUCAGGGGAACAAUCAGGUAUGAUGUUAAAAUCAGCUCUCGAUAGGAGGGGUGCAAAUCUGGAUAACAAAAAAACAAGAUAAAAAUUGCUGAAAAAUAUUUUCAACCAUAGAAUUUAAAUGAUGUGGGGUGGGGGAGAGUUUAACAGAAAUCUCCAACCCUUAAGACAAUUAUUUGGCAGAAUAUUGGGUUAGGCAACCAAAGAAGUCUCCCCUUGGGUUGGAAGUUUCUCUGUCACUCCCUUAAGGUAGGGAAAAAUUCUGUUAGGUCUUAUUAUAAAAUAUUAACUACAUGUAUUAAAAUGUAUUUAUAUCAAUUUUCAUAAAUUUUAUAAGCAUGAAAUUACAAUAACCAUAGUGUGCUUGUAGGCCUGGGUUCAAACCCAAGCAUCGUAGGAAAUUAGUGUCAGACUAUUAAACAAAGUCUUUUGGUGUAAGAUGUUUGUAUAAACAAUUGUUUAUUUUGGAGCAGCCAUUUGUGAAAGUAUCAAUUGUCCAUGUCAGUUUCAGUGUAAUAUGUAAUAUAAUAACAGUUAAGUGAUACUUCGGGAAGUUUCUGCUGUUCUUUAGAAGAAAAAAUAGACAUCAUGCAUGUAAAGUUUGUGCUGAAUGUAGACAGUUGGAUGAGUUAAAUAUUGUGCAAAUUAAUUGUAUUAAUGAUCAACUCAACUAACCAUGCUUUGAUAUAUAUAUUUUAAAUAUGUUAUUAUGUUAAUCUUGACCAAAGCAUUAAGCACACAUUUUUAAAAGGGGUUCUGAUUAAAUGGAUAGGUAGUGUGAUUAAAUGAAUACAUGUGAUGUGAGAUUUGAUAAAUGGGGGAAUGUGAAUUUAUGAAUCGGGUGUGAAGUAAAUUAAAAACUAGUGAGUGAAUUAAUGGGUUGUGAAUUCAUAUAUGCUAUUUGAAUUAAUUAAUUGGAUGUUAAUUUAUGAAUAGAUCUGUGAAUUGAUGAAUGGGUUGAGAAUUAAUGAAUUGGGAUGUGAAUGAAUAGAGUGUGUGAAUUAAUGAAUGGAGGUUUUAAUGGAUAGGAAAAUUAUGUGAAUUGAUGAAUGGAGGUGUAAGUGAUUAGGAUACAUGAACUAAUGAAUGGAGAUGCGAGUGAAUAAAAAAGGUGAAUUAAUUUAAACAUAUAGGUAGGGCAUUUUAAGGAUUUGGGUGUGAAUACAUGGAAUGUGGAUUAAUGGAUAGGAGAUGUGAAUUAAUAACCAAGUACUAUUUAAUGGAUGGAAUGUGAAGUGAAGGGAAGGGAGUGUGAAUGACUGAGUGGAGGCUGUGGUUUGAUGGCUAAUGAAUGAGAUUUAUGGAACGGGUUAUCAGUUAAUGGGUUGGUGUGAGUGUGGAUUGAGAAGGAAGCAAAAGAAAAGUGGAAGUACAAUAGAUAACUGAACCAUUAUAACAUGUAAAGGUAACCUCUGUGAUACAUUCAGUUUUAAUCUGUGCUGCACAUUUAUCGCUAAUUUCAAUGUUUUCAAGUACAUUUUGUAAAUAUAAAACCUGUCUUCCUCUUUCUGUAUUUCUAUCUCUAUGUCUCAACUUCUUGUGUGAUAAUCUCUUUGUUUCUAUAUCUUCAUGUAUAUAUGUACAAGUAUGUCAAUUAUGCUAUCAGAUUAAAAAUAUUACAAUAACGAAAACCACACGUUUUGAAAAUUGUCAAGGUUGUUUAAAACUUUGUCAUAAAAUAGAAGCUAGAUUAAUGAUGAGUGAGUUCUAUGUUCAUAUUUAAUAUUAAUGGUGCAAGUAAUCUUGGAUUCAUGUCAGGUACCCAAUAAAACCUGACUUUACCGACACUUAAUUUCUAGACAUUUCAUACUCUUCAAUAAAAUUUAA